AUGUUUUCACUUAUAGGAAAAAUACCAAAACUUAUUACAGUAAUUUCUUUAUUCAUAUCGGUAUUUUUGUUAAGCUUUCUUUUAAUGGGUUGCCUAGAUACUUCUAGCACAUAUUCUGACGUCUACUUUGCAAGCUUAAGCUAUAAUAAGUCGUCCGGAUUUUACUCAGAGGUGGAAGCAAAGUAUAAGGACUCAAAUUCUUCGAGCACUUUAGCUAAAAUGAGCGUAAGAAUAGGCUAUAUAGCUACCUGUGUUGCAUUGGAUGGAAAAUUUACUUGUACGUCUUUCGGAUCUUUACUGAAGCUCUCCUCAUAUUCGGGGAUUUCCCUUUUGGAAGAUGCUGAUGACGCAAACGAUAUGGAUCUCGUGAAGAUAGCGAAAGAUAUAAAUGAGACGUGCCAUCCCCGUGUACUAAUGGCAGCUAUUAUUAUUACAUUAGUCUUAUUGGUUGUACUGUGUUAUGUCUCUAUCCCGUUGUUGCCAGGGAAAAAUCUUGGUAGAAAGUUUAUCUGCCUCCUAUCUUCCGCUAAUGUUUUACUAUGGGGCCUUGGUGCUAUGCUUCAACACCAAGCAGCUAAUACAAGUAAACAGAUAGUAGGUUCGGCAUCCAUGAACAUCGUAAGUGCUAGCAUUGGCAAAAGAGCAGAAGCAAUGUCCUGGACGGCUUUCUCCUUCUUGUUGAUAGUAUGUCUUGGAAGCUUCUUCACUUAUAUCAGAGAGAUCAGAAAAUCCUCUCUUGCAAUGGAUCCCAAGGUUUAA